UAGAUGAGUAACUCCUUUUCUUUUCUGGACUAUUUUGUGUGCAGUUCUAUCUGAAAAUUUAUGUAAACAAAGAUGGCCGUCUUUCGCAACCUUCAGAAAACUUUUCUACAAUUUGAGAAGAAUUUAGUGUCACCAGUGGCUCUUUAUCAUAAAAAUGUGAUUGAUCAUUAUGAGAACCCUCGCAAUGUUGGAUCCUUGGAUAAAAAUGACAAGAAUGUUGGCACAGGUCUAGUGGGAGCACCAGCAUGUGGGGAUGUCAUGAAACUGCAGGUUAAAGUUGAUGAGAAUGGGAAGAUUGUUGAAGCGAAGUUUAAGACGUUUGGCUGUGGAUCAGCCAUAGCCUCUAGUUCCUUGGCAACAGAAUGGGUAAAGGGCAAAAAUGUUACAGAGGCUGCUGGGAUAAAGAACACAGAUAUUGCCAAGGAAUUAUCAUUACCCCCAGUGAAGCUGCAUUGUUCAAUGUUGGCCGAGGAUGCUAUCAAGGCAGCUCUGAAUGAUUGGAAAGUAAAGAACAAUAAGUCAGAUGGAUAAUCAAACAGUAUUUCCAGACACAUGUCUAGAAUUUGGAAUAGAAAAAAAAGACUUUUACUUUGUGAUAUUAAUUUCAAAAGCUGGUUUUUGCAUAAUUGAGUUGGGUUUGUUGAUAGUCAUCAUUUUUGUGUUACAUUAUGUGACCUUUAGAAAAAAAUAGGUUUGUUAUAUUUGCAAGAUUUUAUGUUAGCAAGAUAUUUCGAUCUUUAUACUUAUAUUUCAUCUAUAAACUUAAAAUUGAUUUACAUAGGACGAUCAUUUGGAAGGAAAAAACCUUCUGUAGCUUAAUAAUAAUAAUUAAAUUUUAUCUUAUUACCCAGAAUAUUUACUAUAACAUUUUACUUUUAUUAUCCAGUAUUUUUGUAUAAUUUAGUCACUGUGACCCCUUAGAAAAGGUCAUAUUUUGUGCCCACUUAGUGUAUUAUGCAACCAAAUUAACUUUGUAGCAUUGUAACACAAAGCAAAUUUUGAAAAUGUCUGCAAAGAUAAUCACUUGUGGUCACAUGUUUUUGUGUAAUAUGUGUUGUCAUUGUUAAAUUUUACUCCUCAGUGUUACUGUUUUACAAGAUUAAAAAUAAAGUACAUUAUACAUGUAAUUACAAGAAAAUUAUGAUAACAAUAUACAUGUAUAUACAGUCAAAUUAAUUUUACUUAUAUAAUAAUUUAUAUAAACCGGUAUUCAAGCAGCUUCAGCACACAGCAAAUUUUCCUGCAUACCAGUCAUUGAAUUUAAGAUUUUGAAUUUACUGGACCGAAUUCCAGUUUUGAAUUUAUUCUACUAUAUAUUUAACAAAAUUUUCUUAAAAUUUACACUGGCCUUAACUAAUUUUCACUGGCCAACGGACCAGUGAUUAAUUCAAUGACUGAUACCACAUUGACCACUGGCCGCAUUUGACAAUAUAACGAUAAUUAAAACUAGAAAAUACUGAAUUUUUACUGUGAACCUAGACUCACAGACCAGUAACAGCAAAUUGGCCACAUAACACACAUGAGCACUAGCUCAAGUUAAACUGUAUUGGUAUAAUAACGUUAAGGCAACAUUAUGCAGUUUAUGUGUGAAAGAAAAUUUUGUCUUUAUGGUUAAUUAACCUGAACUUGCUGCACAGUAGUGACAGUAAUGACCUUUAUUUGAAGUCAUGUCUAAAUUGGCAAACCCUUAACUGCACUGUCACUUUGUCAUAUAUUUGCAUGAGUUGUGGAAAAUUUAAAGAAUUAUUAUAAUGAUGUUACCUGUCACUAUAUUGAAUAAAGUGCAAAUUUUAGAAGAUAUAACCAAUCCUUUUUUUCAAGUAUGAACAAAUAAAUUUAUGACUUAUCCAAAAAGCAGUUAAAGGUGCUUAUAACUAUGUAAAUAUUGUGUUGUUAAUCAUGCAUGAUUAAAUAAAUUGAACUCAA